UCGCUGGUGUGUGUGUGUUCUCGCCUUCGCCCGCAAAGAUCGCCUGAUAUGGGGAGAAAUGAGCGAGCAGGGCCCCCGUUGAGGAAGUGAGAUGAUAAGGUUGCGGCGCCUCGACUACUGCAACAUUUCUGUGUUUCGUGGUUCCCAGGACUGCCAUGCCGCAACAGCGAGUGUUCGCCCUGCCGAGACAGCAGUCUCUGCUCCUGCCACCGGUCAUCAACCCGUUUGUUCAAGACACACAACUAACCAAAGCUGCGGUUAUUAAAUGUGUCCUCCUGGGAAUCUUCCUGGUCCCUAUUCGUGCCAUCCUCCUGUCCCUGGUUCUCAUGGUGACAUGGCCAGUAGCUGUCAUAAUAACCUUCAAGCAUCCUCUGAAAGGAACUGUGGAACCAAUGACUGGCUGGAGACGGUUCAUGUGUCAGAAUGUGAUGGCUGCCUUGGGGAGGACCUACUACUUCUGCAUGGGUUUCAGGGUGGUGGUCAAGGGCAAACAAGUCAGCAGCAGUGAGGCCCCCAUCCUGGCUGUGGCCCCCCACUCUACCUUUUUUGAUGGGAUUGUAUGCAUUGUAGCAGGCCUGCCCUCCACCGUCUCCCGAGUUGAGAAUCUGGCUACACCCAUCUUUGGCAGGUUUGUGCGCUGUCUUCAGCCAGUGCUUGUGUCUAGAAAGGACCCAGACUCCAGGAAGAACACAAUCCAGGAGAUUGACAGUAGAGCCAAGUCAGGAGGCAGCUGGCCACAGGUUCUUAUAUUUCCUGAGGGAACAUGUACAAAUCGCUCAUGUCUUAUCACUUUCAAACAAGGUGCCUUCAUCCCAGGAGUUCCUGUGCAGCCUAUACUGAUGAGAUAUCCCAACAAACUAGAUACUGUGACUUGGACUUGGCAAGGGUUCAGCUCGAAGACCCUUCUGCUUCUAACUCUCUGCCAGCUGUACACCACAGUCGAGAUAGAGUUCCUGCCACCUCACACGCCCACAGAGGAGGAGAAGAAAAGCCCGCCUCUGCUUGCGAGCAGAGUGAGAGACAUUAUGGCCGAGGCUUUGGGUGUUCCAGUGACAGACCACACAUAUGAAGACUGUCGUCUGAUGAUCUCAGCUGGGGAGCUAACACUGCCCAUGGAGGCUGGCCUAGUGGAGUUCACCAAAAUUAGUCGAAAACUCAAUCUGAAGUGGGACAAUUUAAAGAAGGAGCUGGAGGGCUUUGCAGCUAUGGCAAGCUCCUGUAAGGGAGGACGCAUCACCAUCGCAGAGUUUGCCACUUUCCUCAAGCUACCUGUCAAUCCAGCCCUUGAGGAGCUGUUUGCACUGUUUGACAGGAAUGGAGAUGGCACCAUAGAUUUCAGAGAGUAUGUUAUCGGAGUGACCAUCUUGUGUCGACCAGCGAACACUGAAGACGUUCUUCUGAUGGCUUUCAAGCUGUUUGACACAGACGAGGAUGAGAAAAUCACCCGAGAGGAGUUUACUGCUCUUCUGCGCUCCGCUCUGGGCGUGUCAGAUCUAAACAUGGCCAAGCUCUUCAAGGAGAUUGAUGCUGACUGCUCUGGUUUCAUCACCUUCAGUGAAUUUCAAGCCUUCGCCACGACCCACCCAGAGUAUGCCAAGCUCUUCACCACCUACCUGGAGCUUCAGAGAUACCAAGCGAUCAAAGAGGCGAGACCAGGUGAUCUGGAAUUGACUGGUCAGACCAGCUCAGGGGACAAACAGGAGGACAGCACCUCUGACAAGAAAGAUGACUGAGUACAACUAUGAACUCUGCUUGACUGCACUGAAAGACAGAACACUGUAUACACUGUACUGGGAUGGAAGAUGGAAGGGUUCCAUCUGCCCUCCCAACGACAUCAUCUAGCAAAUUCAAGUCAUUUACCACAGCAGAGCCAUAUUAUACAUCAUGGGCUUGCCUUUUUAUACAGUUUUUAGAGUGCUUCUAUUUUCAAUUUUAGUGCCUUUUAUAGAGAUUUAAAAACCAACAAAACAAAAACGAGUUCCCCUUUGCCAGUGCACAAGAAAUGUCUUAUUGGAGACCUUUUCAUCUGUAAAGUUUUGCAUGUGUGAGCUUUUGUCACGUGUUUAUCAGAAAAGAACAAAUGAAAAGUUAGUUGUAGGAUAAAAAAUAUGGAUGAAAACUUGGUCCGUGUAUUAAUUAACUUUCUAAACCCUGAAAGACUUUUAGAGUCCUUGUGUCAGUGACAGUGUUUUAUGAUAUACUUGAAUGUUUUUCCCACAUCAUAGUAAAUAGCCUCACCAUGUUUUUGAUUCGGAUACGUUAUUCUGUUUAGACUGAGCUUACCCUUGAUCACACUUAGAUCAACAUAGCUAUAUCGAAAUCCACUUUUGUCUUUGUGGUUUUCUGUAAGUUAGUGGAAAAAUUGCCAAACCAACACCUUUUUCAAUAUAAAGGAAGAGUCCUUGUGCUUCUGUGUUGCAGUAUAAUUAGUGUAAAGUAAGCUUUAUUAAGAUCUAUUCAAUCUGGCAACCCACCGAUGCUCUGUAUUAAAUCUAUGUCUACGAAGAGCAUACAUGCUGUGCAUUACACUUUUUUCCAGCGCUCAGGGACACAGACCUUGUAAGACGGCUGUAUAAUUAGACAGAGGUUUGCUUUGCAUGUGUAUCUAUUUGCAUUUCUACUGAAGAUUUUUGUUGCUGAGACAGCAGAGCGUCUACACAGCUUUAAGUUUACUAAAGCAAAUCAACCACUGAAAAUAGGGCAAUUUGUGAGCAAAAAGGCAACAGUGGUUCUUCACAACAGCAUAUUCCAGCGGGGUAUGCUUUCAGAUUAACUAGCGGCACUGUUAUUUAUUUAGCAGGGCGCAUUACAAUUAUGGGUUUUUUUCUUUUCCUUUUUUGUUAACACUGCAAAGUUUGCUUUUUAAAAUAAAACAAGAAUACAAUUUUAA